AUGUAUCGGUCCACGAAGGGAGCCUCCAAGGCGCGGCGGGACCAGAUCAAUGCAGAGAUCAGGAACCUGAAAGACCUGUUGCCCAUCGCGGAAGGGGAUAAGCUGCGGCUAUCGUACCUCCACAUCAUGUCCUUGGCGUGCAUCUACACGCGGAAAUCCAUAUUCUUCUCCAAAGGUAACUAACUGCCUGACAGAUUCAGAAAGAUCCCGAGGUUCGGGGGGAAUCCAGGAAGUGCAAGGAUGCGGGGUGGGUGCGGGGACACCUGAAGUUGGGUCUUGGGUCCAGCGUCUUUCCUUCGUCCCCCUUCGGGAUGGUAGGACUCAACAGGUCUCUCUCCGUGGUGCUGAAGCACCAAUGUCUCUUAUGAGAAGAGACACGGGGAGCUGCUGUCCGUGGUCCUGAAACAGCCAGGGCGAGCUUCGCGGAGGCAGGGCAGCAACAGUUGCUGUCCCCGGUGCUGAAAUCCUAGCCUCAGCCGCAGCUAAAAAUCUGAUGCAAAGAGCUAAAAGGGUUGUCGCUGUUGUUUAAAUAAAAAUUAUGUUUGUGCUUACCAAAAUAACCGAUUUUCCCUUCUCUUCUUCCUCAACAGGAACAACUCUAGAAGGCUUGGAGAGCCUGCUUUCUUCCCAGGACUUGGAAGAUUUUAUGCAGACGCUUCCAGGCUUCCUUCUCGCAUUCACUGGAGAAGGCAAACUCAUCUAUGUGUCGGAGAAUGUUGCUGAACAUCUGGGGCACUCUAUGGUAUGUAUCUGAUCAGCUUGUGGGUGGAAAGGGAAAUGCCUUUGCUGUAAAAUGGGGAGAUUGAAUAAUCCUUGGAAUAGGUACUUAGUUAAGCAACAAUCUUUUAGUUACAUAAAUUCCUUUUAAUUCCUUUAGGCCUUGGUAGCCCUAAAAUUAAUCUUAUGCCCCUUAUAGUAUAAACAGAUAAUUUCUGUUUCAUAAUUAUUCCCUGAUGUGAUGGUAUCACUUAUUUAUCUGACCAUGAAUAUCUGUUGGACACUGGGAACUUUGUGGUGCUAGCAGCAUUUUAUAGUGCUUAAUAUGAAACCGGAUAUCUAAACCUCAUCUGAUUCUCUAUCCUGCAGGUGGAUUUGGUUGCCCAAGGAGACAGCAUCUAUGACAUCAUUGAUCCAGCAGAUCACUUUGUGAUGAGGAACCAGCUGGCAUUGACCUCUCCAAUAGAUACAAGUAGGUAUCCCUUUGUGAAACUGUGCUCAGUGACAUGUGAGGAGGAGGAGGAAAUGUAGCUGUGCAAUGACUCUAAAGUAGAGAGACGGCAGAUUAAAAGUUGGCCUGCAAGUCCUAGAAUAGAUGAUGCCCAGCAGGACUUAAUUCAAGCAAGAAACCUUCUUUUCAUAAUAUUCACUUAGCCCUAGAGCAUGUGAAAGAAUAGCAGAAGUGAGAGUGCAUAUAGUAGCUGAGCAAGCACCUGCACUUUGGGUCUUAGAGGAGGGAUAGGGAACCUGUAAGCCCCACCCCCAAAUGCUGCUGGACUCAAACUCCCAUAAGCCUCAAGAAGCAUGCCCAAUGGUGAGAAUGAUGAGAGUUGUAGUUCAUCAAGAACUGGAGGGCUGCAAAUUGCCCAUCCCUGGCUCAGGGCUUGAUCCAGAAAUGUUCAAACCCCAUUGCUUCCCCCCCCCCCCAAAAAAAGCUCAACACUGAAGCCUAGAAAUGCAAUGCCAUGUAGAAAUUACAAUAACUUGCCUAAACCUCAGAGCCAAUGAGAGUAGAACUGUCUCAUGUUUUAGGCUUGAGAGUAGCUUAACAGUGCGACUAUGUCAACUGGCGGAUAUUUCUGUGGCUCCUCUAACUCAUCAGUGCUCUUUUCUUUACUUUUUACAAAAACACCAGGCCGACUUUUCCGCUGCCAUUUCAACACAUCCAAGACAAUUCGGAGGCAAAGUUCCGGGAACAAGCUGGUCCUUAUCCGAGGGAGGUUCCACCAGCCCCCACCCGGCUCUUACUGGUCCACUAAUCCUGUAUUCACUGCUUUCUGCACUCCUCUGGACCCCAAGCCCAGAAUCAGCCAGAAUUCUUUCUUCUUGACUUAUUUUGAGAGUCGCCACACAAAAGACUUGGCCAUUGUGGACAUCUCUGAAAGGUGAGCAUGUGUUCUGGGAAUAGGGAAUCUUGGGACCUUGGAGGGGAUUGGAAAAGUUUGAGGAAGGGCCUUGAAUUGACUAGUGAGAGCCACAAUGUUGACAAUGGGAGCUGCCUGUCUAGCAUGGGGUGGUGGGUGGUGAACUGUUUUUGUUGAGCAAUAUAAACCAUUACAAUCCAAAGUGCUCAUCUCUCUCUUCCCAACUUUGCUGUUUUCUAGUGUGAUCUUCCAUUUGGGCUUUGAGAAAAGUGAGCUGUUUUGCAAGUCAUGGUAUAGCCUGAUUCAUCCAGAAGAUCUCAGCCAUGCGUCAACCCAGCAUUACAGGCUGUGUAAGUAUCUUGUCCCUUCUAUUGCCCAAGUUUCCCACCACAUUUGCUGAUUUGCAGAGCUGUUUCCUUGGAUGGGACCAUUGAUCUAAUCUUUUCUGAUGUGCUCCUUUUCCCCAGUGGGUGACACAAGUGAAACUCAAGCUGAAAUGGUUGUUCGGCUCCAAACCAAAGAUGGCAAGGAUUGGAUAUGGACCUAUUCACUGCUCCACAUGGAGAAUGCUGAUGUUCCUAUCACCUCCCACAACUAUAUAAUCAGGUAAAUACCAAGAGACUUGUCUCUGGCUGUAGGUGGGUGGCUCUGAGACCUACCUUGCUUCUUAAUCAGUUUAGUAGUGGGUAGAAAUGUUGAGACUUCCCUUCCAUCACUUCUUGCCUUCUGUAGGCCACAAGCAGGAGUGUUCAUGUGCCAUCUAAAGGGCAACUUUUGGUCCUCGAGGAAGCACAGGCAGGGAGGGGGAUGUGCCUAGGAUUGUUAAAAGACUUUACUAAGCCCAGCAAGUUGGGAAUAAGAAAGGCCACAACAGUGCAAGGUGUAUUCAGCACUGCCACUGCUUCUCUGAUGGACGGUGCCUCAUGGUCGAUCUGUUUGUAUCUCUUAAUGGCACCCAAUGAAUUUGCCUUUAUAUAUUUUUUAAAGGCCAUCUAUUUAAAUGACUGGCCCUACAUUACUCACCACCAUUAAUUUUAAUAGGUAGGCUCUGAGUAUGGUGAACAUUGGGUACAAGCCAUGGAAGUUGCUUCUGGGUGAAUAGUAACAAAAAUAAGCCACAGGAGUAGAAUAAAUAAAAUGUGCUCAGGAUCAAGCAGCGGUACAGGAUCAGAAGGAACUGGUGGCUGGGAAUAAGGCCUUUGUUUUUAAAAGGUUAUUGUCAUUUGUACAUUAGGAAUUCAUUGGGUUUCAGAAGCAAAAAAGCAAGAAAGAAAAGAGAGACAGGGAUGAAUGUGUCAAGUGCAGUUAUUAUCUCUGCUUUGUUGAAGCUGGGGUUCCCCUGGGUGCUCAUCUCACUCCCCCUUCCUUUGCUUUUCACAGUGAUUCUGAAGCCUGGUCUCUCAAGCAGCAGCUCUCAGCAGAAGAAACCCAGGUGGCCUAUGUCCUCGGAAGUGCACCAGCUUUCCUGGAAGGCCUCCUCUCUCCGGGGCAACUUUCCAGCCCUGACCAAGUCUUCACACCUGUAGCUGCCACCCCGACCAGCACCAUUCUUGCGCCGUCAUUUGACUUCGGCACCACUGGUGGAGCAGAAUGCCCCUCUGCCUUCACAGAGACCAGCGCUUCUAGUCUGCCCCAGGAGGAGGCGGAGCCUAGAAAUAUCUCCUCCGUGGAGGAGCCCACCCCAGGCUCCAGCCUCAGCCUACUCGACAAAGGCCCAGCAUUCAGCUACGUGGUCUUCCCGACAGACUACGAACAGACCUUAAGACGAGACAACCUUAGCGGCUCCUCCUCCAAAGACUUUGUCUGCACCCCUCCAUAUACCCCACACCAGGGCUGUGCCUUUCUCUUUGGAGCCCAGGAGACUUAUGCUCCAAGCACCAUCCCUACUGCCUUGCCUCCUGUGACCACUACCCCGCCUGCUGCUGCCGCUGCCGCCGCUCCUGCCACCACUGUUCCUACCACCACCACCUCUGAGCUGUUCUACACCCAGGACCAAUGCAGUGCUCUCUAUGAGAAGCUACCACCUACCCCGGACAGCCCUGGUAAUGGGGACUGUACCGUCAUGACCUUGCCUGAGAUCAGAGGUCCCCUCUAUAUCGAUGUGCCCAUGGUGCCCGAGGGGAUCCUGACUCCAGAGGCCUCGCCCAUCAAGCAGACAUUCUUCAGAUAUUCUGAAAAAGAGAAGGGUGAGAUCGAACUCCUGGCAAAGCAGAUCAGCAGCCUGGCUGAGGCUUUCAGCUCUGUUGCUCCCAGAGAGCUCGUCAAGAGCAGCUAUGUCACCCUCGGCGAUUCUGCACUGGGCGCUGGCCCCGAACUGUGCCUGGACUUCCAGCCUUCCAAGAACUGGAGGAGCAUUGACUUCUCCUUAUUGGCCUGCCCAGAGGAAGACCUCUUAGAAGAGGAUGCUCUCGAGACCCUUCUCCAAGACCUGUCCACCUCUCUGUUUGAGAAAGGUGGGGCGGGUGUGAGGUGCCCUCACCACCAGUUCUGCGGUGGGAAUGUCAGUAGUCCAAUCGGCUUGGACACCGAAGAUAGUAACCAAGGGGCCUUGGCUGCCUCUCCCAGCAUGGACCUGCCUCCAGAAGAGCGAUGCUUUUUGGAAGAACUGGCCUCCUAUGAAACAGCCUUUGAGACACGUGCCUCAAACUCUCCCUGUGAUGGGUUAGAUGAGUUGUAUCAACUCCAGAGCCACAUGCAAGAAGGCUUCCAUGAAGGUAAGACUGGGGAUCAGGCUUGGGAGGGGGCAACUGUGUAGCUUAGGGAAAGGCUGCAGUUCACUGGCAGAGCACCUUCUUUGCAUGCAGAAGGGGUCUCUUCUGGUAGAGUUUGGAAAGACUCCUGUCUGAAACCCUGGAGACCUGCUGCUAUUCAGUUUCCAGGGUUUCUACCAAACUUGGGUCUCCAGCUGUUUUUGGACUACAACUCCCACCAUCCCUAACUAGCAGCACCAGUGGUCAGGGAUGAUGGAGGCCGUAGUCCAAAAAUAGCUGGAGAUCGAAGUUUGGGGAAACCUGGUUUAGAUGAUAGGCCAAUGGCUUGACUAUGUCAAAGGCCUCUUCCUGUAGUCCUAAGAUUGUGGCAAAAGUCAAAUAAAGUAAAGCCACAACUUAGCAAUAAUUGCCAGGUAGGGAGUCAGCACUGUCAAUACUCUGGUUCUUCUGUGACCACGUUACACAAUUUUAUUUUGGUGCAAAAUCCCAUCCCCUGAGAAUAUUUUGAAAAUGGGUCUCUAGCCCCUGGGCUUUUCAAAUAUGAUUCUGAAAGUAUGUCAGGAUAGUCUCGAGGGAGGUUUUCCUGUCCACUAACCAACCACGUCUUUCCUUUGUUCCCUUCUCCCACAGAUGGAAGCGAAAGUGACCCUUCGUUUUGA